UAUGGCUGUAACCUGUCAAAAAAACGAAGAAGCAAAAGAAGACGAAGAAGAACAAAUGUACUGACGCACUUCCUCAUCCCUGCAGCGGGAGUCUUCCGGCUGAGUCUUGAUUGUGUGACAGCCACUGAUCCCUGAUGAUUGUAAGCCAGCUCACCGUAAGAGGCAUUAUAAAGUCACAACUCUAUGCUUCUCUAAGGAAAGAUUGGAACCGUCACACAAUGGCUAGGCCCAGUUCAGACCUGGCAGCGUUCAGAAAAAUCUUCUUAAAGGCCUCCAAUAUAGCCAUCAUCACUGGCGCAGGGGUGAGUGCCGAGAGUGGAGUCCCCACCUUCAGAGGUGCGGGAGGCUACUGGAGAAAAUGGCAAGCUCAGGAACUUGCCACUCCUGAAGCCUUCUCCAGGAACCCUUCACGUGUGUGGGAGUUUUACCACUACCGUCGAGAAGUCAUGCUCACGAAAAAUCCUAAUCCCGCUCACCUGGCCAUUGCAGAGUGUGAGGAGCAACUGGGCAGACAGGGCCGGAAGGUCACUGUCAUCACUCAGAACAUUGAUGAACUUCAUCGUCGGGCUGGAUCCAAAAACAUCCUUGAAAUUCACGGAAGUCUUUUUAAAACUCGAUGUAAAAGUUGUGGCCACGAGGCAUCGAAUUACAACAGCCCCAUUUGUGCUGCUCUGGAGGGCAAAGGAGCUCCAGACCCAGACACACUUGAUGUUCAAAUCCCUGUCCAGGACCUGCCCAGGUGUAAUCGAGCAGGAUGCUCUGGUCUUCUGAGGCCAGCUGUUGUAUGGUUUGGGGAGGCCCUUGAUUCGGACAUCCUCAGUCAAGCAGAGAAAGUGCUGGAUGGCUGUGACCUCUGCUUAGUGGUUGGCACUUCGUCCGUGGUGUAUCCUGCAGCAAUGUUUGCUCCUCAGGUGGCUGCAAGAGGUGUACCUGUGGCCGAGUUCAACAUGGAAAACACACCUGCCACAAUGCGUUUCAGGUUUCACUUUCAUGGACCCUGUGGGACCACCUUGCCCCCUGCACUAAGUUCCCCAAAACAACAAUGAAAAUCAGAUCACUAAACACAGAAAAGACUAGCAAAUAAUUAUUAAACAUAUUUAUUUAACCAGAGCCCAGUAUGAGCAAUGAAGAUGGAGAGGUUAUUCUGUAUUAAACAGGUAUCAAACAGGACCUUUGAAUGCAAUUUAAUAUAUUUUUUAAUAAAGGUAUGUACAUUUGUCAGACACAAAAUUAGAUUUGACUGCAUAAUCUACUUUACACACACAGCUCUUCAGUCACAUUACAGUGGUAAAUAUUAAGUAGGAUGUACUAAUACUACUGCACUACUACAAACAACUGCAAUAAUAAACAUUUUGUUAAACAAAUGCACAGUGACAAUUCAAGCAAUGUUGUCAUUGGUAAAGGUUGAAUUUGUCACAAAAUCUUUAGUAUGGCACACAUCUUUGGGUGUAACUCAGAAAGUGUGUGGUGUGUGUAUAUUGCAGUACUGUUCAGUCAAAUGUUAUUGAAUGUGUUCCAGCAGGGGGCAGUGUUAAGCCACCGUCUCUGUUUAAAGUCCAUGUGAGGGAAUAACUUUUUUUCCUUCUGGUAGAAAUUCAAGCACUAGCUUGUAAAUAUGGUGUCUGGUAUAUGUACCGUAAGGGAGAAAGACAUGUUCUGUUUGACCAAGGAAGGGAUUUUUAAGUAACGAAAACAUUUACAAUGAAAACCCAAUAUAAAAUGAUCACAGAUCUUUGACUAUAAUUAUUAGUACAGUGGUACCUCAGUUUACAUGCUUAAUUGAUUGUGUGACGGACUUUGAUUUGAGAAUACUUUAUUCUCAAAUCAGUCUUUUCCUAUUGAAAUUAAUUGCAAUUAGAUUCAGUCCAUACAGGAAUUUGCAAAAUUCAACAAAUUCCAGUGAAUUAUGUGCAGCAUCGCAACUUUGUCUAAUGCCUGCAACUUCUAAAUGUGUUGGAACAUAAAUUAAUGUUUAAGGUGGAC